AUGAAUGGCAAAUCUGUUGGGGUCGACAACACGGAUGCUGAAGGUCGUCUCGUUCUAGCUGACGCGUUGUACUGCACAUCAACCGAGUUCAAGCCGCACACAAUCAUCGACGUUGCUGCUCUUACCGGGGCUAUGGAUUCCGCACUGGGUGAGAUCUACACCGGUGUUUUGAUGACCUCCCAUGCCCUUUGGAACCGACUGAGUGUUGCCAGAGAGAACGAGUACGAUCGCUUCUUUCGCAUGCCCCUUCACGAAUAUUAUAGCCCACAAAUCUACUCUUCUAAUGCUGAUUGGUGCAACGUCACGUUGCUUGAACUUGACGUUGUCUUUUUUUUUUUUCAAACGGGCGGGAAACCAGCAGGUGCAUGCACCGCCGCGCUGUUCCUUAAGGCAUUUGUAGAUGGCACCGAGACCAAGGAUCAGCAGGAACCUCCUGUCCGAUAG